AUGAAAGGAAAAAGGGCCUUGCGCCCGGAUGCUUCCCCUGAUCGCGAUGUCAAAAGGAUCAAGCACAACGGAGCUGUAGGCAUCUUGACCACAAGCGCGUCUCCGCAAGACCUUUCGAUUCCAACCACGAAAUUGGAAGUUCCCUCCACGUUGAGACGGUCGUCAAAGCGAAAUAAACCAAACAUCCCAAGCGUGCUUGCCACUUGUCCGCAGGAAAUCCAACCAUAUCAAGAUCAAUGGACAAUAUCCUGUCGUGGUGGGGGACGAAUUUCAAAUAUUGAUCCUGUUUUCUCACCAGAUGAAAAGUACAUUCUAAUUCCACACAGCAAUAUCAUUCAAAUCUAUUCCAUGACUACAUCCUCAAUUGUUCGAACGCUCCAGACCCCUGAUAACCUCAAUUAUAUCAUCAGGCACAAAAUUUCGCCUAUUGAUCCUCAUCACCUGUUUGUUGCAACACACUGCGGCACCAUAAUCGAGUGGGAUUGGACCACUGGAAAAUUGAUUCAGCUGUAUGAACUUUCUACUGUAGUCGUCUCUUUUGACGUGAUUUCGGUCACUACUCACGACCCUAAAGUUCAUGAUGCCCUCAACUUAUACACCAUUUGCAAAAAUAAAGAAGGGAAAUAUGAGAUCCGUGUCAGUGUCGAAGACCAUGAUUCUGACAGCCGAUUAUGGAAACACUCGGUGAUAUACACAACUUCUACACGUAUAAGCAAUUUGCGCAUCGCUGCUGGCGGUCGAGUUAUUCUCGCUUUUGCUGGCGUAUAUGUUGUGGCUGGGUAUUGCCACAAUUUAAUGCCUGGGGCUCUAGGGCCAUCAAAACAUUCUUGGCGUGAAGUCCGACUCUCCGUGUACGCAACGUGCUAUGAUAUUUGGGAGACCUCCCGUCAAAAAAAGUCUCACAACAAGAUUGAAACUCAGCCUCUAGUUCCUGCAAUAGACCUGGCGGUCGGAGAUGAGGAUGGCGCGAUAUUGAUAUACCAUGAUUUCAUCACUACACUGCUAAAUUGUGAAAAAGAAGAGGAACUUGACACCGGAUUGGUAUCACGGCGACUUCAUUGGCAUCGAGAUACUGUAAAAACUGUGAAAUGGUCAAAAGACGGCAACUACAUCAUUUCAGGAGGCCUAGAGACAGUAUUGGUUUUAUGGCAACUGGAUGCUGGUAGACAGCAAUUUUUACCGCAUCUUACAUCUCCUAUCUGUAAUUUGGUUGUUUCUCCUUCUGGCGCCAGUUAUGCUGUUAAGCUUGCAGACAAUUCCGCUAUGGUGCUAUCAACGUCGGAGCUAAAACCAACUGCUAGCAUGAGCAGUUUACAAAUCCCACUCUAUAACGAUAUAUCUAAUCAUCACUCUAAGAAAAAGAAGUCAAAUAACUUGGACGAGCGGACGUUAUUUCUUAAUAAAAUACCAGCAGCUAUAAACCCCAUUUCGGGCCAUCUGCUGCUUGCAGUCCCCUCUUCUCAAACAACUUCUUCUCCCGAUCGACCCCCUAACGCCUCGUUCCUACAAACCUUUGAUAUCCGAUCUAAUCAGUAUAUUUCUCGCCAGGCAAUUGCUCGCACAAACGUAUCCAUUCUGAAUUCUGGCCCAGAAGGCACGGGAUUAACAACGCCAAAUAGCAAAUUUAUACAGAUAUCAUUUGAUGGAGACUGGUUGGUAACAGUUGAUGAAUGGGAUCAGUAUAUCGACACCGUGAAUAUCCUAACUCCCCUUAGGGAAGUCCUGGACCCUUGCAAAAGAAGAGAAACUUUCUUGAAAUUUUGGAGGUGGAGCGAGUGUUGUGGCGAGUGGGAGCUAGUUACCAGGGUAGACAACCCACAUGGUUCGCCAUUAUAUGGCUCCUUACCUAUUCGCGACUUGGUGAUGUGCCCCAGCCGCCUGGCUGUCGCAACUGUUGGCGAUGACGGUGCGGUCAAGAUCUGGACGCCAGAAUAUAAACGCGAUGCAUCGAAACGCUCUAUCAAGACAUGGAAAUGUUCACAAACUAUUGCGUUAGACAAAUUAAAGAAUGAAUCCGAGCAAUUACCCCAAACAAGAUCAUGUCUCAGCUUUUCAGGGGAUGGCUCUAUACUUGCCGUUUGUUGGGCUAAAUUGUCUAGUUCGGAGCCUGGUAUUGUUUUUCUCAUCGAUCCGAUUGAUGGGCGAAUCUGCUAUUCUCGACAAAACUUGUUCUAUGGGUUACCCCGAGAUUGUGGGUUCGUUGAUCGCUAUCUGAUAAUCUUGUCUGAUCACCUUGUUUCAUGGCAUACAGUCACCGAUAAAAUUUCUUUUGUACUCUCAUUAACCGACAAAACCGGUUCCCAGUCUUAUGCCAAGUCUGCCCCCUUACUCGCUCUGGAUCAUAGAAAUCAAACGUUCGCCGUCGCGUUUCCAAAAACUAUUUCCUAUAGUGAAGAGACACCCACGGAAUCCGAGAAGACUCAAUUUCAAAUAGCCAUAUUUAAACCCACUGCACCGGGCGCCUUGUUCCAGUCAAAGCUUGAGAGUGCCCCGCGAGCGCUUAUGGCAGGUUCAAAAACUGGAGACUACACGAUCAUUAAUUCAGCCGCAGAGGUAAUACAAGUCUCGUCUAGCACCCAGACGGGCCCUGUAACCGCCGAUAUGAGUUCGACCGAGACACUUCUUAGAAGCGGUCUCGAAGAUCUAUUUGGUUUCCGUCAACUUCCUCUCCAGUCUGGACAGGGACAGCCAGCUAGCAGUCUUGUGGCCCUUGAUCACGCGAAGAGUCUGGCAGAUAUUUUUGAUACAGGGCCGUCAUUUGCACUUCCAGAUAUUGAAAUUUUGCUGAGAGACGUGGUGGAUGUUUUCAGUUCUAGAACAGUGCCAGCUUAG